AUGGCAGUAAGGCGACCGAUCGAAACAGAAUCAAUAACAGUCCAAAGACUAGCAGUUUCUAUCCCCGCAUCUUACGCGAAGGUGCUGGAUCGAUUCCGCACGCUCGUGCCGCAGAUCAAGUUGGGUGACCUGCGCGCUUCUACGAGCGCGGAGGAGAUCGCGAAGGUCAUUGCCGAUACGCAAACAUCUACCGAUUUCGUGCUUUUUGCGGAAUUCAAUCAUGGGAGGUGGAUUCGGCACUUUCCGCCGUUCAGCGGCGAGCAAAAUUUAGGAAGUGGUGAAUCUCAGGGAAUACACAAGGGACGUGGAGUUCAUCGCUUUAUUUUCGGGAAUCCGUUGCUGGCUAUUACGAUGUUGCGGGAAAAUGUCGAGGCAGCGCUGCAUGUUCCUCUUGACUGUGCUUUUAUUGAGCAGGAGGAUGGUUGGACAAGAAUGGUGAUGUUACUGCCUGAAGGCUUGGUUGCGGGUUAUGAUGAAUUUGCGAGUAAUCAGGCGCUUCGUGAGGCUGCUUCCAACCUGGAGGAGAAGAUAUUUCGUCUUGUUGAUGCUAUUACCUCGUCCGAUGCGGCAUGA